CAUGCUUUGUAGCGCGUAGUUCAAUUUUUUAUAUCACUUAUCGAGGUGGGUCGGGCCUCCCACUUUUGGUGGUUUCGGGAUGGCAGGUUACAGUUCAGAAAAGACACCAAACGUUCGUGUCACUGUAUUGGAAGAUCCAAAUAACAGUCUUCAAGAAUUAUUCAACCCAAUCUCCCAGAGGCAACAAGUGCCUUGGAACCAGCGAAACCUACCGAAAUCAUUUUUCGUUCCACCGACCGGAUUAAACGAUCCCUCUCACCUCUCAGGUGUUGGUUCUACCGACAUUGUAAUUUCGCACAGCAAAGCUAACUCUUCUCCCGCUUCUCUGGACGCGCCCGUUUGCGCUACUGUGAACUCUGACGUUCCAAGUCACGUUCACCAGAAAAGUUUGGAUAUUGCAGCAGACUACACUCAUGGUUAUUGUCCUGAAGUAUCAUUCUGUGAUUUUAGAAAACAAGGAUUUAUUCAAAGUGACAGGUAAUUAAAGUAUUCUUGCGAGAGUCUCAAAUGUUUCCAGUGGGGCUCAAACACCUUUCUCAUGCCGUCCCCGACUCAAGUUUGCUGUCCGUGAGCUUCCUGCGUGGUUCGAGAUGACACAGAAUGAAAAGAAUCAAGUAUACUUCCUCAAUCAUGAAACACAAGAGACAACUUGGUAGGCCAUUGUUCAGUUAAUUACUUUCCACAGGUUUGAUCCACGUAUUCCUGUUGGACAUCAAAAAUGGGGCAUGACGCUUGAUGAGUUACAGCAAGUUCACAUAAAUUAUGCAAGGUACUUGGGGCAAAACCCACCUAACGUUGGGCAGUAUCGGCCAUCGGGUGAACUACACGGCUGCAACUCAGCAUAUUGCGCAUGAACAGAUAUCUUCCGCUAGUGCCACCGUAUCAUCUGGGUGUAUUACUAUAGCCUCCGCUACCACUGGUGUACAUGGACCUUCCGUCGUUGCCCACGUAUCAUCCCCUGCGCCCGUACUGUCGCCCACCAAUUCCACCGUUCUCAGUCCCACCAUCGCUGUGCUGUGUACAGCGCCAGGUGCUUCGUCGACUCCCUCAAGUAACGUUCCUGUCGGCGGAUCCGGUGCCAGAGUUCGUGUGUCUGGACCAUCCACUGCGCCAAAUUCGCAUCGCACACACCCACCCAAGGCUCCUCACACUCAUUCGCUUCAUGGUCAGUCUGACCAGAGCGCUCAUGUAGACGUUCAGCACCAUCGGCAGCAUUCACAUGGCCACCCACCUCAAGCACACACACCAGCAAACCAUUUGGGUACACAUAAUCGCUCUUGCAGCCAACCAGUACCAAUGUCAGUUGGGCACGACGGAUCCGCCGCCACUGGACAUCUGCAACAAGCCACUUCCGCCUCAUCUAGAUCAGGAACACAGCCACAACUAAGCGGGCCUAUCUUGGGUCUCUCGGCCAGUUCCUCACUCAUUGGACUCAGCGUUGCCUCCGCAUCAUGCGGGCCUUUGGUUGGUCAGGUACCGCAUUUGGGUUCGGCGACAACAAACAGUUCCUCCGGGCAACUUGUGCAAGGUCUGGAAUGCCUUCGACUAAACACUUCCACAAGUCCUGCCUCAGCCUUAGCAACCUCACCCCACAUGCUGGAAGCACAAUCAUCACAACGACAACAGCGAGGACAACAGCAACAGCAGCAGGCACAAACGCAACAACAACAGACCCAACAUGCCCAGACACCAUAUAUGCUCCCCGUGAAUGCACUGAGUCCAUCACUUCAAGGUGGGAGUAUUCGUUUCGCCAGCAAUGUUGUGACUCCUACUCCGUUAUCUGCCGCACAGCAUUCCCAUCAAGGAAGUAUGGAUAGCGGCGUUGGACAAUCACUUACGGGACAGUCCAGCGCCAGUGCUGACCAAACUCCGGAACAUGCGGUGAUGCUGUUUUGCGACCCUAGACUUAAUGAGUGCAAUACAGAACACAUGGAAGGAAUAUCCUACCCGAGUGAAGAAAUCGGUUGCACCCCCUAUAAUGUGUUUGACAAUAUUGACAUUUCCGACAUCACUGCGUGACCUUUUCGAAUAGAAGGAGCCAUCAGACUUUCGGCCUCAAAUGCAGCAGGAUCAUCCAACGCCGUUUCUUGGAGGCUCCUGUCUCUUUGACCAAAACAUUUCAAAACAAUAUACAUCAAGAUUUUUCAAAGUAUCGGCGGCCAUCCUCUGCAUCCUAUCCAAGUUCCCCAACAAUGUACAUAAAUGCCCUUUCUCAACCGGAAAGUUUUGUUCGAGAGCCCUGAAAAGCUAUGUAUUAUGCACAUUCAUUGGAUAAAUACUUUGCUGGGCACUGUGGAAGGCCACCAAAAUUCGUCGAAAUCUUUUGAUAUUGGAUUUAUCCACCAGCUUCUAGCAUGCCUUCCACAUUAUUCUCAAAAUCUGUUCAUGUAGACUGAAAUCUGUUUGCAUUAACUCUGAACUUUCUCAAUACAUGCGCAGCGCACUCCUCAGCUGACAUAAAACACUCGCACGAACGCACAAAGAUUCAACGUCUUUCACUUAUCACUCCGUUUCGUAAAAUUAUAAAACUCGCUCUCUGGCGGCACAAUCCGGAUAUCUACGCGCCCAUCCUGUAACGUGUUAUCUUUUCGAACUUCACUUUGCAGAGGAUUUUUGAAAGUUUUUGAAUGCUUUUCUUCAUUUUCUAUCCGUACAUCCUCCUCGCUCCUGAACGAUAAAUAGAACACCGAAAUAAAAAAGGUGCAUAUACAAAGCGCCAACUUUCACGUACCUAGCUGACACCCCAUUCUAGUCGCCCUUGUCCCCUUCUCCUUGUGAUUUUGAUGGCGUGUUGUUUUGAUGGCGAGAUCCGUUCCGUGCGAAAAACACAAGUUGAGCAAGUUGGUUAAGAUAAACGCAUUUUUUGACGUUCAACAUUGACUGCGGCUGACUUGGAGAAAAAGCACCACUGUGCUGACACCUUCGGAUCGGCCUGCCUUAAAGGUGGCUCCACAAGACACCGUAAGAGGCUCCAGUGCCAAGAGGGGCCCCUUAAUCUAUAUACUCAGGCUAGAUCGACGAAAGCAAAAAGUCGCAUGUCGGUCAUGUGCACAACCUAGUUGUCGUAGCGUUCAACAGCUGCCAAACAGCCCACUCUAGAGGCCUCUUGAUUUAUGAGUGUGCUUGUGUAGGUGACCUUCCAAACAACUGUGCUGGAUGCAUGUGUUAUCAGUUCUUCAGCACUGCUGCUACCGUCAAGGCCGAUAGUAAUGAUAUUAAUAAUAAUAAUGACCAUGAUGUGAGCUGGAAAGUCUUCACCAUUUUGCUUUCUAUGUCGUUGAGCUUUAAUGUGCCUUGUAUUUUCUCUUCUCAUGCGUCCUUUCUGGCCCAUGUGUCCACAUCUUUUUCCUCGAAACUACCUACAGUUACUGUUAUUAUUACCAGUAUUGUGACACAAGUACGUACAAACACAUCGAUCUCAACGUCCUUUUGUCUCAGAUAUUUAGCGGACGAAUUUUCUCCCUGUCCUGUCCUCCUUUUUCAUGGCCUCCAGCGUGGUCGAUUCUGACACCCCUAGAUUAGCCGAAUCAUUUUGUCCAUUUCGCCGCAUUGUGUUCGUAAUUUCACUGAUUUUGAAGUACCCGCUCCUUCAUAUUGUAUUUGCAAUCACGAAAUGAAAGUAAAAUAAAUUGUUGAAGACGUUCAUUGAGGUAAGCAAAAGACAAGUGGUCCAAUAUGCAGUCUUCUAUGGUGUGUGCCAGCCUGAGCAUACAUAACUUAACACCCUAUUUAUGAGUUACCAUUCUUUUUCAAACUGUGGAAAAAAGAAAUCGUACAACUGUAACAUCCUUUUGGUGCCUAGCUACAAUGUCACGCGAUGGAAACACGAUUGCUGUGACAAUA